AUGUCCAAACGAUUCUCGACUGCGGAUGUUGCCUCGCACAACAAGGCCGACAACCUCUACAUCAUCGUCGACGAGGAUGUCUACGACCUGACCAAAUUCCAAGACGAGCAUCCCGGUGGGAAGAAGAUCCUGCAGCGCGUGGCUGGAAAAGACGCCUCGAAGCAGUUCUGGAAAUACCACAAUGAGGGGAUCCUCAAGAAAUACAAGGCCAGGUUGCAGGUCGGCUCGUUAGACACCAAGAAGGUUGAGGCACCGCCCACGCCGCCCGCGACCCCUCCCGCGGAAAAGGUCCAGCCGCAGGCAGAACCUGGUACCGUCGCUCCGUCACCGGGCCCGGCGGCUGCAGAGGAAGCGGAGGCGUUGGAUCCCUUUGGGUCUCUGAUUCCCUUUGGCGACCCCAGCUGGUAUCAAGGUUACCAUUCUCCCUACUACAACGAGACUCACGCGGCCCUCCGUGCCGAAGUGCGGGAAUGGGUCGAGAACGAGAUCGAGCCCUACGUGACGGAGUGGGAUGAGGGUAAGAAAGUGCCCGACGAGAUCUACAAAAAGAUGGGAGAACGAGGCUAUCUGGCCGGUCUUUUGGGAGUCAAGUACCCGACGCACCUGGUCAAGAACCCCGUCAAGAGUGUCCCCCCCGAGAAGUGGGACCUGUUCCACGAAAUGCUCCUAACGGACGAGCUGUCGCGAACCGGUUCCGGUGGGUUGGUGUGGAACCUGAUUGGAGGCUUCGGGAUUGGGUGUCCUCCGUUGAUCAAGUACGGUAAGAAGGAGCUCGUCAAUCGCAUUCUCCCGGGUAUCCUGGCUGGGGACAAGAGAAUAUGCCUGGCUAUCACCGAGCCCGACGCCGGUUCCGACGUUGCCAAUCUCACGUGCGAAGCCAAGCUAUCCGAAGAUGGCAAGCAUUUCAUUGUCAACGGCGAGAAGAAGUGGAUUACCAACGGCAUCUGGUGCGACUACUUCACGACCGCGGUGAGGACUGGUGGUCCGGGAAUGGGCGGCAUCAGUCUCUUGUUGAUCGAGCGCACUGAGGGAGUGAGCACCCGACGCAUGGACUGUCAAGGUGUUUGGAGCAGCGGAACCACCUACGUGACAUUUGAAGACGUCAAGGUGCCUGUGGAGAAUGUCCUAGGCAAGGUCAACAAAGGUUUCCAAGUGAUCAUGACCAACUUCAACCACGAAAGAAUCGGCAUCAUCAUCCAGUGCCUGCGUUUCUCCCGCGUGUGUUUCGAAGAGUGUGUCAAGUAUGCGUCCAAGAGGAAGACGUUUGGACAGAAACUCAUCAACCACCCGGUCAUCCGCAUGAAGCUGGCUCACAUGGCGCGCCAAAUCGAGGCCAGCUACAACUGGCUGGAGAAUCUGGUAUACCAAUGCCAGCGGAUGGGUGAGACGGAGGCCAUGCUCCGGUUGGGAGGUGCCAUCGCGGGGCUCAAGGCUCAAGCGACCACGACAUUCGAGUUCUGCACCAAGGAGGCGGCCCAGGUGUUUGGCGGUCUGGCCUAUUCACGUGGCGGACAAGGAGGGAAGAUUGAGCGACUGUACCGUGACACGCUGGCGUACAAGAUCCCGGGAGGCAGCGAGGAAAUCAUGCUGGAUCUGAGUAUGCGACAGAGCUUGAAGGUGCACAAGGCACUGGGCAUGAAGCUAUGA